AUGGAGACAAAACACCCAAAAGGAGAAAAGUCCGACCAAAUAGUUUGGAGCUUGGAGGACCUUCCAGGCCAAGCCAAGUCUUAUACAUGUUCCUUCUGCAAAAAGGGCUUCUCAAGCGCACAAGCGCUGGGAGGUCACAUGAACAUCCACAGAAAAGACAGGGCCAAGCUCAGAGAAUCCUCCGAGGAAAACAUACUUUCUUUGGACAUGUUAAAGACGAUCAAUCCACCUGACGAUCAUUCCCAGGUUUCUGAAAUUGUACUAGAAUCCAGUGAAGAGAAAAGUUCGAGUCCUAGAAGACCAAGCAAACUUUCCAGGGAAGAUGAAGGUGGCAGUGCCAGUGCCAGUGCCAGUGUCAGUCCUGGGGGCAAAGAUGCUAUCAAGACCAGCGGCGAAAGUGAAAAGGAGAGUUUGCGGCUGAUUCAUGGUUCGACAUCUCAGAUUGUAUUGGAUCUCGAGCUACGGUUAGGGCCCGACCCUGAUCAGAAUCAGACGAAAAAGAGUACCAGAGAGUGCUUUUGAAAUUUAUG